AUGACAGCAGGAACAGUCGUCAUCACUGGAGGAAUUCUGGCCACAGUGAUUCUGCUGUUUAUCAUCGCUGUGCUCUGCUACUGCAGACUACAGUACUACUGCUGUAAGUCCAAUGGCUCGGACAGCGGCUCUCUGUCUCAGCAGCACUUGGCCUGUGACUCUGUGUGCUCACCCCCCGCGGCGCCCUCUACAGGCGGGCCGCGGUACUGCCCUAGCUGCUCCCCACGCCGCUCCCCCUUCUACAUCCGCACCAGCGACAACGGCGCACGCAAUGGCGGCGAACGUGUCACCUACAUGCCCACACACUUCGAGAACCCAGCCCUGGCCCCGCCCCUCCCCCACGGCCAGGGCAGUGUGCUCCGGAGCGCCCCCUGGAGUCGACCGCCGGAAAUCUACACCAACACGAGAGCUGUGAGCACCGAGGUAUGA